CUACCAAAGUCCAAGAACUCAGAGGGAGAUAGCGGCACCGCACUCACGAAAAAUGCCAUUUCACGCAAAUCAAGAGUGAAGGGGAGAAAGAAGGAGGAUGAAGAGACGGUUGAUAGAGUUGGUGGAGAAUGCCAUUCUCCUCUUUCCGCUCAGGUGAUCGCAAGCUCAGACACAGCUUACGAGUUUGGCGCAGACGCUCGAUGCAACACUCGCAAUUUGGGCUCAUUUCGACUGUUCGAUGAGCACUACAGCCAGGAGUACUAUAUAGGCUGUGGCGUCUCCUGUGAAGCGUACAAAGGCACUGUCAAGUCGGUGGAAGGAGGUGAAAAGGCAGACUGUGGAGUAGGAGAAGUGGAAACAAACGACAGUAAGGAAAAGUACGUCACUCUCAAGUGGCUUUAUGCGAAAUUCACCGACGGCGUGUCACCUCGUGGCAUACACUUGAGAGAGGCGGAGAUUCUCUCAAAAAUCAGUCAUCCCAAUAUAAUGAAUACAUUGAAACAGUGAGAUUCGCCCCACACCUUCAGUGACUCCCGUGUGCGCUUCUUCAUGAGGCAACUUCUCUCUGGCAUUGCCUAUCUUCAUGCUCGACGAAUCAUACAUCGCAACGUGAAGCCAAGUAAUUUGCUAGUCACCGACACCGGCAUUCUAAAGAUUUGCGACUUCGGUCACGCAGUUGAAUGCACUUCCACGCAGAUGCAAAACACAAAUGAUUUUGGCUCUCUGUGGUACUUAAGCAUCGAGCAACUACUCGGUAGCGAGGAGUACACAUCUGCAAUCGACGUGUGGUCAGCUGGGUGUGUACUUGUGGAGAUGAUAAUGCAAAGACGUCUUUUUCAAUUUGCCACUGAGUGCGAGAUGAUAAGGGGCAUUUUGAGGAUUUGUGGAAAACCGACAGAGAGUGUGUGGCCGGGCGUGAGUGGAUUGCGCGGAAUGCAAUUGGAGGAAUUACCCGACACACACACUAGCCAUUUGAGAAGUAGCCUUGGUCGUGCGGUCUCUGAUGUCACCUAUCAUCUACUAGAAAGGUUAUUGACUCUCUGCCCAACUGCAAGGAUAACUGCGGAGAAGGCCUUACAACUCGACUACUUCACUGUCAACUCCGAUGAAGAUGACUGCAGUCCCGACCAAAUGAAGAGAUGGCUUAUCACUGUGGUAUAUGGCGAGGACUUCUUGGAUGACGACUUACUCUUCUAA